AUGGCGCCCAGUGGCGCCCUGAAGGUGAAGAUGGCAGGCCAGCAGUGGCUGGUGGCUGCUCCUGCAGGCCAGCAGUGGCUGGUGGCUGCUCCUGCAGGCCAGCAGUGGCUGGUGGCUGCUCCUGCAGGCCAGCAGUGGCUGGUGGCUGCUCCUGCAGGCCAGCAGUGGCUGGUGGCUGCUCCUGCAGGCCAGCAGUGGCUGGUGGCUGCUCCUGCAGGCCAGCAGUGGCUGGUGGCUGCUCCUGCAGGCCAGCAGUGGCUGGUGGCUGCUCCUGCAGGCCAGCAGUGGCUGGUGGCUGCUCCUGCAGGCCAGCAGUGGCUGGUGGCUGCUCCUGCAGGCCAGCAGUGGCUGGUGGCUGCUCCUGCAGGCCAGCAGUGGCUGGUGGCUGCUCCUGCAGGCCAGCAGUGGCUGGUGGCUGCUCCUGCAGGCCAGCAGUGGCUGGUGGCUGCUCCUGCAGGCCAGCAGUGGCUGGUGGCUGCUCCUGCAGGCCAGCAGUGGCUGGUGGCUGCUCCUGCAGGCCAGCAGUGGCUGGUGGCUGCUCCUGCAGGCCAGCAGUGGCUGGUGGCUGCUCCUGCAGGCCAGCAGUGGCUGGUGGCUGCUCCUGCAGGCCAGCAGUGGCUGGUGGCUGCUCCUGCAGGCCAGCAGUGGCUGGUGGCUGCUCCUGCAGGCCAGCAGUGGCUGGUGGCUGCUCCUGCAGGCCAGCAGUGGCUGGUGGCUGCUCCUGCAGGCCAGCAGUGGCUGGUGGCUGCUCCUGCAGGCCAGCAGUGGCUGGUGGCUGCUCCUGCAGGCCAGCAGUGGCUGGUGGCUGCUCCUGCAGGCCAGCAGUGGCUGGUGGCUGCUCCUGCAGGCCAGCAGUGGCUGGUGGCUGCUCCUGCAGGCCAGCAGUGGCUGGUGGCUGCUCCUGCAGGCCAGCAGUGGCUGAUGGCUGCUCCUACAGGCCAGCAGUGGCUGGUGGCUGCUCCUGCAGGCCAGCAGUGGCUGGUGGCUGCUCCUGCAGGCCAGCAGUGGCUGGUGGCUGCUCCUACAGGCCAGCAGUGGCUGAUGACUGCUCCUACAGGCCAGCAGUGGCUGGUGGCUGCUCCUGCAGGCCAGCAGUGGCUGGUGGCUGCUCCUGCAGGCCAGCAGUGGCUGGUGGCUGCUCCUGCAGGCCAGCAGUGGCUGGUGGCUGCUCCUGCAGGCCAGCAGUGGCUGGUGGCUGCUCCUGCAGGCCAGCAGUGGCUGGUGGCUGCUCCUGCAGGCCAGCAGUGGCUGGUGGCUGCUCCUGCAGGCCAGCAGUGGCUGGUGGCUGCUCCUGCAGGCCAGCAGUGGCUGGUGGCUGCUCCUGCAGGCCAGCAGUGGCUGGUGGCUGCUCCUGCAGGCCAGCAGUGGCUGGUAGUUUCUUGA